AUGUCGAAGAAGGAACUGGCUUCUGGCGUGCCGGGUUGUUACCCUUACCGCACGCAAUCAAGGUUCUUCCCACGGGAUCGAUGCCGCAAUGUUGCAGACGCAGCAGCUUCUCGCAAUGGAGAAAAUGGUCGCUCUCAUAUAGCUAGCUCUGAAGUCGAGCCAGUUCUUGACGUUCUCAUUGACCCUGGCAUCUGGGGUCCCAUCGACUGGGAAGCACGUCUGGCGAGAUUCCACCACGCGUUUCUGUCUCGCAAUCUCGAGUCUCAGCAUGCCGUUCCUGGCAAAUGUAACGUCGAAGCGACACCUUAUGUACUUCCGGGUCAUAAGAGCACCCAGGCGAAGCACACGCCAGUACACGAAGAGACCCAGCCAAUCGAUCGCAUAUGUCAUCUACAGUCUCGGACUGUCGACCCAGCAUCACUCCUGGACACAAGCCCCAAUGGGGAUAUGAGAACGCAUCAACGCGUUCAGCCGAUCGAUGCAGACGCAGGUAUGCAUAUACGGGGAUCCGGCCCCCAAUCUGAUCUUGUGGGACCAGAGGACAUGCAGAGCUCAUCAAGAGACAACGCCGAGGCCAUGGACAUAGCCUCAACCCGACCCCCUAAUUCACACGAUCAGCCACUUGACCACAACCUCAACUAUAAGGGCAAUGCCAAUCUGAGCCGCAACACGAGCGCAGACAUACCCCAAUACCAAAACUGUCGACUGUGGAUUACACGCCUGCCACCACACUGCGGCCACCAUCUGCUGCUCUCCUCAGUCGACUCUACCGGUCCUAUUCACGCCUUGCACAUCAACCCUCCUAUACCGAACAACGACACCAGUGCCGGAUACCGUAAUCUCUAUACAUCAGCAGCCUCCUUGACAUUCUUCCGUGAAGAAGACGCGAACAAGUUCCUCGCCCGCCACGCCGUGGACCCCUUUUCCGUCAAUGGAUAUGCCACCACCAUAAGCCGCCAUCGCAUCCGGACGAGAGCGGUGCCAGUCAAUGGACAGUCGCGUGUGCUCGACGUCAGCGGCCCGGUGGGCCUUGUCGAGCCUGAGCGGCUGGCGAGUCUGUUCCGAGAGAAAUGGGGCAUACGUUUCGACACCGAUUAUGUCACCCACGAGGUCACAGGUGAUGAGGCGCGGGUGGAAUGGGCAUUCGGAAGCUUUCGCGCCCAGGCCCAGGCGGUCUAUGCGAGGAUUACCCAGGAGUACUCUGGCGUGGUCUCUGUGCGGUAUCAACCGGACCCGUGUGUGCGAGCUGGUGAGCCCAUCCGAUAA